AUGAAUCAGAAGGUGACCGACAUUUUGACUGUGGCCUUCAAUGCUUCAGAGAAGAUUUCAGUGUCUUCAUCAUCAUCAUCAUCAUCAGCCAGUCCAGCUCAGCUAGCCUCAUAUGGAACUAAAGUGUUGAAAAGCAGCGAGAAACUCAUUUCUACAUUGGUGAAGCCGACAGACACAAGUGCCAAUGUCAGUUUCACUCUUGCAGCUGUAGAGGGAAAAGUCUUCAUGGUUGGACCACAGGUGACCUUAGAUAAAAUCCCUCAACUUUACACAACAAAUUCUUCUAUAAACAUCGAUCUUAUUGGCAUCGCCAAGAACAACAAUGACAGAUCUGCUGCUGUGGCUUUCAUGAGCUACACCACAAUGGAGAAUCUACUGAAGGCCGACUUCUUCAACACAACUAAUGACACCAUUAAAACCAUGAUGUCCACUGUGAUCUCAGCUACUCUUCCCAAAACCAGCAACACUGCACUCACCAAAGCAGUCAACUUCACCUUCAGACACAUCAGAGAGUUUGAGCCCAGCGGUUCUCUGUCCUGUGUGUACUGGAAUAUCAGCGAGUGGAUUGUAGAUGGUUGUUCUGUGUUAAACAGCAACAGCAGCCACACUGUGUGUUCCUGUGUUCAUCUGUCCACAUUCGCUCUCAUCAUGCAGACCAGCAGCAGUCCACCACCGAGCGAUCUGCUGGAUCUGCUGAAUCUGGUGUGUGUGAUCGUGGGUCUGGUGUUCUUCAGUUUGGCUCUGUUGUCCUUUGCUCUUUGUCAGUGGAGUCCUGGAGUCAAUAAUGUGGCUCGAAUCAACAUCUGCAUCAGUCUGCUGUCGGCUCACCUUCUGUUGCUGCUCACACAACAGUUCCUGAGCCUCAUUCGCCCUCAGCAGGUGUUGUGUGUGGUGAUAGCAGGCCUUCUGCACUUCCUCUUCCUCUCCGCCUUUGUGUGGAUGUUCAUUGAAGCUGUGCUGCUCUUCAUCUGUGUCAAGAACCUAUCAGAGAUCAGCUCCAGACAGAGGGAGGUGCUUAGCAGUGGGUUCCUGUGUGUGAUUGGAUAUUUGGUUGCUCUGGUUGUGGUGUGUGUGUCUAUUGGGCUGGUUCCAGAAGGAUACGGCAGUGAACAAUGCUGGAUUAAAUAUGAUAAAGGGUUUAUCUGGAGUUUUCUGGGUCCUGUUUGUGUCAUACUAGCACUGAACUUGAUUCUCUUCAUCAGGAUCGUCAUCAUUCUGAAAUCAGCUCUCACAAAACUGAACGCUGAAGUUUCACAGACGAAGCAAACCAAGGUUAUGGUGUUUAAAACACUGGGUCAGUUUGUGGUUCUUGGUUGUCCUUGGAUUCUGGGUUUCUUCACUAAUGGCAAUGAGAUGCUGGAGAUCCUCUUCCUGAUCUUGAACUCUCAGCAGGGAACCUUCAUCUUCCUGAUCUACUGUGUGCUCAAUAAUGAGAUCAGGCAGCAGUACUGGAAGUGCUUCACAUUUCUGUGCUCUGGACGCAAACAGCGCUGAGCAUCAUGUUCAGGACAAUCCAAGUGAUUUAAAAACUAGAGACAGGGUUUUGCAUGCUAAAUGUCACAUGAUAAAACAACAGUCAAUACUAUUCAUGUAUAACCUGUCAGCUUUUUUAUUUCAUCUAUAAGGAUUUAAGAUUUCUAUGUGGAGGGGAAAAAUGUUUACUGACUUCUGAAGAACCGUAACUCUGUACAAGUUUCUGUUUGCUAAAAGAGCGAAUGAAAUAGAUUAUUUACUGUUAUUUUAUUGUGUUAAGCGCAGGGAAACACUUUAGUUUAAGUACCAAAAAUCCAUUUCCUGCAGUUCUUGACUGUACACAAAGCAGCAUUGUGCUUAUGAACAUUGCUUUACAUGUGAUUAUGCUGAGGCAGGAUUAAAGUGUCCUGCCUUUGAAGCUUUUCUGGAACUGUAGGUUUCCCUCAGGGAUAUAGUCAAAUCUAACACACUCCAACCCCAGCACAAAUCCAAAUAUUUGCACAAAUCAGUUUCUAUUUAUCUCUUCUAGUAAAAAUAUAUGAUAAAUUCUGUUAUUUGCAUCUUAUCUACACUUUGUUGAUGUGUAUAAUGUUACAAUUUUAUUUCAUGGUGUCUGUUGUUAUUUGUAUUGAUGUUAUUUGAGAUGUAUGCACAUUGCAAUGCUCUAGAUUUGCUGAUUUAUUUGUAGUGUAUACGUGGCUUCUCAGUGCACAUGCUCAUCAUAAAGCUCAGCAGUUA